AUGAGGGUUGGGCGUGCUCCCUUACCUUCUCAAGUGACUGGGUUGCUUAAUGGGACUGUAUUCAUUGAUUCUCCAUGGUCAAAUCCAGAAAAGUGGGUUCUGGUGACUGUGUUGGGCUUGGAGAUGACCAUGGGUGUUAUGGGAAACAGUUUAGCUCUGCUUGUCAAAGUUCUGUGCCGAGGAAAGUUCUGCUGUCGUUACUGGUUUCCUUUCAUGAGUCUAACCCUCUCAGACUUAGUUUCUGAUAAUGAACUGUGUUGUCAAGGCUCCUGCCUCCUCCUCAUCUCGACCUCCAUGCUGACCAUACUCACAGGAGGUCAAAAGUCACCGUGGUGUGAGGUGGUCACCCUGCUGAAGUUUGCGUUUGUCAGCUCAUCUAUAGGGAGUAUAGCAGUCCUAUGUGUGCAGAGAUCAAUUGGCAUAAAUUCGAUAGAUGGCGCCAUCUUUGUUGUCAUGGUGACAGCAUGUUUGGCUUCUUGGGUUACAGGGGUAGUUUUUGGGAGCAUCCCUGUUGUCUAUGCUUGGAUCAGGUACGAUCCUGCUGAGACACUCUGUACUGUGUUCUUGGAGAGCAGCUACUCAGACAUGCUGGUCUACAAUCUCUGUGCUUUCUCCAUUUGCAUCUUCUUCCCCUUACUUCUCAUCUUUGGCUGCUCUGUAAUGAUGGCUACUGGCUGCCACUUUAGUGACAGUAACGAAGCAGAAGAUCUGUCUAAAGUUACUCCUCUGUUGGGGUCCUGUUGUAUGAUCUGCUACACUCCCUUCUUUGUGUCUGAGUUGAUCCUGCUGGCUAAGAUGGACCUGUCACCGGCACCAGACUUUUUAAGGACAUUGUCCACAAUUUUGUCAUAUCUAGACUGUGGUCUGAAUCCUCUUAUCUACUUUUCACAUCAAGAUUUUCGUGAAGCAGGACUGACCGUGCUGUGGAACAAAAGAAAACCAAUGUCUGCAGUGCCUGUUCUCACUGCUAUCACUAAAUAUAAGCUGUAA